AUGGAUACUUCCAAUUCUCAUGAAAUCAUGGCAAACGAGACAACGCCUCUGGUAUCUGCCAAGAGCUCGAAAAAACCUAAAACGCCCCUUCCAAAACUUCAGAUAGGCAUACUUAUGUCGCUACUCCUUGCGGAACCCAUCGCUUCGACAUCUAUAUUCCCGUACAUUAAUCAGCUGAUCAGAGAACUCGGCAUCACUGGGGGCGAUGACGCGGCUGUAGGAUAUUAUGCUGGAAUCAUUGAAUCUCUUUUUUUUGUCGCGCAGGCACUGACGGUGCUGAGGUGGAGUAGGCUGUCUGACCGCAUCGGGCGCAAGCCGGUGUUGGUAAUUGGACUCUCGGGUGCUUGCAUUUCGAUACUGUGCUUCGGCCUCUCAACGACAUUCUGGAGUCUUGUCAUUAGGAGUUAUGAAGACUAUGAUGGGAGAGUUGACGGACUCUACAAAUAUGGCUCAGGCAUUUGCCUUGUUUCCAAUUACCUGGUGCAUUGGAAGCUUUAUCGGAUUUCAAGUGAUGAACCACUGCAUCAACAAUCCAUGGAUACGCCCUUGCGAUCUCUGCUCACGCCUUGCGUUGUUAUUCCGAUUGCAAACUACACUCUGCUUGCCUUGCUUGACAUUUCUUUCAUUGUUCUUUUGCCACUGUUGUUUUCGACACCUACUCAUCUUGGCGGUCUUGGAUUUGAUCCUGCUACUAUUGGCUGGUGGAUGGCGUUGUUUGGGAUCACGAAUGGUAUCUUUCAAGCAUUAUUCUUCGCUAGGAUCGUCGAUUGCAUUGGUCCGAAGCGUUUAUUCUGUGUAUCAGUGUCGUGCUACGCACCACUCAUGGCUAUGUUUCCGAUAAUGUCGUGGAUUGUACGCGCAAGGGGAGAAGUCGAUCAAGCAAUCACGUUUGCCUUGAUUUUCCUUAUAGGUAUACAAGUUGCAUGGGAUAUGGCAUUUGGGGCUAUUUUCAUGGUUAUUACAGCCUCUGCUCCUACAAGCAAUGUCCUUGGCCCCAUCAAUGGCCUCGGCCAAACCUCUGCAUCGGUAGCUCGUGUCGUUGGUCCCACCUUGGCGACUUCGCUCUUUGCUGCGUCGAAGGAAUACAACCUUCUAGGAGGAAAUGCAGUUUUUGUCGUCUUAAUUAUGUUGGGUGGUGGAUUGAGAUGGCUGGCAUCCCACUUGCGAGAUGAAGUACAGGACAAGGAUGAGUGA